AUGGCAGCUGCAGAUCCCAUCCUUGGCUUCAUGAACAGGAUGAGCAAUUUAGGGGGCGUUGUCGUGCCAGACCAGCCAAAGCUUGACCUUGACCUCUAUCUACAAAACUAUGUUGGCCGUACUCGAUUCGAUCGCCUCUUGUUGAUUGGAAAGUCCUCGGUUUCGCUAUGCGUCGACGCCCUCAAGGCUGCUGUUGUCGAAGCCAAAAGAGGAAAGGACGUCUCCCAAUAUCGUGAAUCUUGGGAAUGUUUGAGACUGGUGGCUCCGGCCGAGCCAGAGGCGCAAAGAGACGAUGCUUGGAUCGAAAGAACAGAGUCGGAGAACAAAAUGGAAACCUCAAGACUCGAGAGCGAAUUGAAAGGCUAUAGAAACAACCUUAUCAAAGAGAGCAUCAGGAUGGGUAAUGAGGACUUGGGGAAGCAUUUUGAGAGCAUAGGCAAGCUUACAGAAGCCUCCGAGGCAUAUACUAGAAUGCGUCAGGAUGUCAGCACCACCAAGCACAUCAUCGAUUGCGGCAUGCAUCUUGCCAAUGUUUCUCUCCACCGCCGCGAUUUUGCAAUGGUUCUGAACAACAUUGCCAAGAUCAACACAGUGUUACAAGACGAUGAUGAUGACGAUGACGAGGACAAGGUACUCCAAGCUUAUACUAGAAUCGCCUCCGGUAUCGCACUGCUGGGCUUGGAACGCUUCGAGGAGGCAGCAAAAGCCUUCUUGUCCAUUGAUUUCGGUAUAUCUCCCACAGAGUAUAAUCAUAUCGCCAGCCCCAACGACAUUGCCGUCUACGGGGGUCUUCUUGCUCUCGCCACGAUGAACCGGGUCGAACUCCAGCAGCAGGUCUUGGACAACCAAUUGUUUCGCACUUUUCUCGAGCACGAACCUCGUAUCCGCAAGGCAAUCAGCUCGUUCGUCAACGGCCGAUACUCCAAUUGCCUGUCGAUUCUGGAGGCUUCGCGCGCCGAUUACCUUCUGGACAUUUACAUGCAAAGCCAUGUUGCUUCUAUCUACUCCAAAAUACGCAGCAAGUGUAUCGUUCAGUAUUUCGUUCCGUUUUCGUGCGUCACUCUCAAGAGCCUAGACGCAGCUUUUGCUCAACCAGGAACCUCUAUCGAACCAGAGCUGAUUGAGAUGAUCAAGUCUCGUGCACUGGAAGCACGUUUCGAUUCCAAAAACAAGCUCCUAGUGGCCGUGCGGCCCCAUGCCCGAGCCGUGAUGCAGAAGGAAGCACUUCAAGUAGCAGUCAAGUAUGAGCGUGAGGCCAGAGAGCGACUUCGACGCAUCAGUAUCGUGGCCGCUGGACUUGAUGUUGUAGGUGCAAGAAAAGAUUCCGGAGGCGGCCCGGCCGCCGGAUCCAGCCAUGACGAAGCCUGGUAUGAGGACAGUCGAAUCUCAUCUUAUCGUGAGGAAAUGUUGACCUGA